GCGCAGUGAUAUCUGUGUAGUGCACCGAUAACAAUUUGCCUUUCAUUUUCUGUUUACUAUUCUAAUAUAGAAUUUUCAAUAAGCCAUUUUAGAUUUUUAUUUUAACAUUGACAUUUCAUUGUGGCAUGAAUCAUGCGCACUGUUAAGAAAAACAAAUGCAUUUAUCAUUUUCACGUUCUUAUUUUGCAUUGCAUUUUCAAACUGACACUGAUCACCCUCCAUAGACCAAGGUAUUUUGCGAACCAGGAAACUCAGUUUUCUCUCCACAAUUGAGUCUGAGCAUAACUUCAUACGAAUUCACUAAUGACGAUGAUGGAUUUACACAUAUCGACGCAUUUAUUGGGAUAGUGAGGGAAUAUAGAGAGCAUCAGUAGAUUUGGGUUACAAUUGUCUUAUAUUGAAUACACUGCGGUAAUGUAAUAUUUUAACUGUGUCCGUCUAGCCUUAUCAUGUCAGGCAUAUUAAUCUUGGCAUUAGUGAUAUCUAUUCUAUCUCAUGGAUAUUAUGUCGGAACAAGUGUCAGGUCUGCGAGGGAUGAGGUGAAUUUUGAGUCUGUAAAUCUGAAUGUAGACCUCUCUCGAGUACUCAAGAGAGUGAACGAACGUUUUUUGUCUGUGGCCAUAGAUGCGAGUCUCGUCGCUGAAGAGAAGUUCAUGUACCUUUUAGCGUCUCCAAAGCUGAGGACAUUGGCUAAAGCUUUAUCCCCAGCAUUUCUAAGAUUUGGAGGGACAAGACAAGAUUUCAUGACCUUCAACCCUGCAUUUUUACAUUCAAAUGAGUAUCACAAAAACUCUGUUUUUGAUGCAGAUGAUCUCUGUGAAAGGCUGGAGCUGCCCCCAAUACUGGAGGAGAGGCUGAAGCAGGAAUGGGCUCUACAUGAAGUACUUCUCCAGAAAGAGGACUUGCAGAGGAAGUACCAGAGUUUAAAGUUCACAGAGUAUGCAGUGGAUCUACUGUACUCUUUUACAAACUGCUCUGGAUUAGACCUCAUCUUUGGGCUCAAUGAGCUGCUCAGGACCACUGGCAACUCCUGGGACAGCAGCAAUGCCAGGACCCUCAUACAGUACUGUGAAUCCAAACAGUACAGCAUGGCCUGGGAGCUGGGCAAUGAGCCCAACAGUUAUGAGAAGAAGGCAGGGAUCCGGGUGAACGGAUACCAGCUGGGCCAAGACUUCAUUCAACUCCGCAGGAUUCUGCGGGAAUCCAAACUUUACCAUGACACUGGACUCUAUGGACCGGACAUUAGCCAACCCCGAGACCACCGGAGAGACUUACUGGAGGGGUUCUUGGAAAGUGGGGCAGAAGCAAUUGACGCAUGCACCUGGCACCAUUACUAUGUCAACGGAAGACACACAUCUUUAAAAGAUUUCCUAGACCCUGAGGUGCUAAACACUUUAGCCCUGAAAACACAUGAAGUCAUCAAGACCGUUGAUCUGGCAUCCCCUGGGAAGAAGGUGUGGCUUGGAGAGACUAGUUCUGCCUAUGGAGGCGGGGCUAAGGGGCUGUCUGACACAUUUGUCGCUGGAUUCAUGUGGCUGGAUAAACUGGGCCUUGGUGCAAAGCUUGGCUUAGAUGUUGUAAUCAGGCAGGUUUUGAUUGGAUCUGGGACUUACCACCUGGUAGAUGAUAACCUCGAUCCACUUCCUGAUUACUGGCUAUCAGUUCUGUACAAGAGGCUUGUUGGACCAGAGGUGCUGAGUAUAGAAGCCUUUUCCAUUUUGGGAAAGACGAAAAGAGUACGGGUCUACCUACACUGCACUAACAAGAAAAGUACAAGCUACAAAAGUGGAGCAAUCACAUUGUUUGCUCUGAACCUGAGUAAGAGCCCUGCUAGCAUCGCUGUGCCUGCCAUGGUCUCUAACAGCACUGUAGAGGCCUUCGUUCUUCAGUCUGAACAGCCUGGCGAGGAGGGACUCUACUCGAAGUCUGUGAAACUCAACGGAGAGGUGUUGAAGAUGGUAGAUGAUCGAACUCUUCCAUCGCUCCAGGGAACUCCUCUUGCUGCAGGAGAACAUCUCAGACUGCCUGGUUAUUCCUUUGCCUUCUAUCUCCUCAGUGAGGCCCAGGCACUGGCCUGCCGAUGACCCCAACUGGACAGGAGGACUUGAGAAGAUGGAUGUAUAUUCACUGUCUAGACUAAGAAGGAAACACUUGACUAUUACUCUAAACACUGCUGUAUGAUUUUGCCAAAGAAUGUUAACCAGGUGAAUGUGGUGAAAGGAUUCAAUAUAUAUUUAAAAAAAACUUUGUUUUCAGCUACAGAGCCAGUCAAACGUUCCUUCAAGACUAUUGGAAAAUCAUUCCAGGUGAAGCUGGUUGAGAGAAUGCCAAGAGUGUGCAAAGCUGUCAUCAAGGCAAAGUGUGGCUACUUUGAAGAUUCUCAAAUCUAAAAUAUAUUUUGAUUUGUUUAACACUGUUUUGGUUACUACAUGAUUCCGUAUGAGUUAUUUCAUAGUUUUGAAGUCUUCACUAUUAUUCUACAAUGUAGGAAAUAGUAAAUAUAAAGAAAAACCCUUGAAUGAGUAGGUGUGUCCAAACUUUUGACUGGUGCUGUAUAUGUAUAUGUAUAUGUAUACUUCCGACUUCAACUGAUACACAUAUGUAUGUAUGUAUGUAUGUAUGUAUGUAUGUAUAUAUAUGUAUAUAUGUGUAUGUAUGUAUAUGUAUAUAUAUAUGUGUAUCAGUUGAAGUCGGAAGUUUACAUACACUUAGGUUAGAGUCAUUAAAACUCGUUUUUCAACCACUCCACAAAUUUCUUGUUAACAAACUAUAGUUUUGGCAAGUCGGUUCGGACAUCUACUUUGUGCAUGACACAAGUAAUUUUUCCAACAAUUGUUUACAGACAAAUUAUUUCACUUAUAAUUCACUGUAUCACAAUUGCAGUGGUUCAGAAGUUUACAUACACUAAAUUGACUGUGCCUUUAAACGGCUUGGAAAAUUCCAGAAAAUUAUGUCAUGGUUUUAGAAGCUUCUGAUAGGCUAAAUGACAUAAUUUGAGUCAAUUGGAGGUGUACCUGGGGAUGUAUUUCAAGGCCUACCUUCAAACCCAGUGCCUCUUUGCUUGACAUAAUGGGAAAAUCCAAAGAAAUCAGCCAAAACCUCAGAAAAAAAAUUGUAGACCUCCACAAGUCUGGUUCAUCCUUGGGAGCAAUUUCCAAGCACCUGAAGGUACCACCUUCAUCUGUACAAACAACAGUACGCAAGUAUAAACACCAUGGGACCACGCAGCCGUCAUACCGCUCAGGAAGGAGACGCGUUCUGUCUCCUAGAGAUGAACGUACUGCGAAAAGUGUUAAUCAAUCCCAGAACAACAGCAAAGGACCUUGUGAAGAUGCUGGAGUAAAAGGGUACAAAAGUAUCUCUAUCCAUAGUAAAACGAGUCCUAUAUCGACAUAACUUGAAAGGCCACUCGGCACGGAAGAAGUCACUGCUCCAAAACCGCCAUAAAAAAGCCAGACUACAGUUUGCAACUGCACAUGAGGACAAAGAUCGUACUUUUUGGAGAAAUGUCCUCUUGUCUGAUGAAACAAAAAUAGAACUGUUUGGUCAUAAUGACCUUCGUUAUGUUUGGAGGAAAAAGGGGGAGGCUUGCAAGCCGAAGAACACUAUCCCAACCGUGAAGCACGGGAGUGGCAGCAUCAUGUUGUGGGGGUGCUUUGCUGCAGGAGGGACUGGUGCACUUCACAAAAUAGAUGGCAUUGAAGGAAGGAAAAUUAUGUGGAUAUAUUGAAGCAACAUCUCAAGACAUCAGUCAGGAAGUUAAAGUAUGGUCGCAAAUGGGUCUUCCAAAUGGACAAUGACCCCAAGCAUACUUCCAAAGUUGUGGCAAAAUGGCUUAAGGACAACAAAGUCAAGGUAUUGGAGUGGCCAUCACAAAGCCCUGACCUCAAUCCCAUAGAAAAAUUGUGGGCAGAACUGAAAAAGCGUGUGCGAGCAAGGAGGCUUAGAAACCUGACUCAGUUACACCAGCUCUGUCAGGAGGAAUGGGCCAAAAUUCACCCAACGUAUUGUGGGAAGCUUGUGGAAGGCUACCCGAAAUGUUUGACCCAAGGUAACAAUUUAAAGGCAAUGCUACCAAGUACUGAUUGAGUGUAUGUAAACUUCUGACUGACUGGGAAUGUGAUGAAAGAAAUAAAAUCUGAAAUAAAUCAGUCUCUCUACUAUUAUUCUGACAUUUCACAUUCUUAAAAUAAAGUGGUGAUCCUAACUGACCUAAGACAGGGAAUCUUUACUAGGAUUAAAUGUCAGGAAUUGUGAAAAACUGAGUUUAAAUGUAUGUAAACUUCCGACUUCAACUGUAUAUAUAAUAUAUAUUCCAUAUAUUCCAAUGUUGUUUUGGCAAUACUUAAUUAAUGUACAUUUAUGUUUCAUAUUUGAUGCCAAAACCCUGAGACUAAACACAACUUGUUUACAUUAUGUUUACACUUAAUAGUUGAAUUGUGCAAUUUUCUAUUUUGGUACACUGGGAUACAACACUAUUAUAACAUUUUUAGCUUUUAAUAUCUUUGUACAAAAUUAUUUUUGGAGAGAAAAUAAAUGCAGUAAUGAAUUCAAA